AUGAAAUUCCUGUUGAUCGCAGCCGCUGUCGUUGCUGUGGCCGUUGCUGGCCCAGCUCGCUUCAUCGUCCCCGGUCCCGCUGGACCCGCCCCAAUUAUUGUUGACGAGUCACCCAUCUCUGUUGGACCUGCCAUUGUUGAUGAGUCGCCUAUCUCUGUUGGACCCGUUAUUGUUGAUGAGUCUCCCAUCUCUGUCGGACCCGUCAUUGUUGAUGAGUCUCCCAUCUCUGUUGGACCCGUCAUCGUUGACGAGUCCCCCAUCUCUGUAGGACCCGUCAUUGUUGAUGAGUCCCCCAUUUCCGUUGGACCUGUUAUUGUUGACGAGUCCCCAAUCUCUGUUGGACCCGUCAUUGUUGAUGAGUCCCCCAUCUCUGUUGGACCCGCCAUUGUUGAUGAGUCCCCCAUCUCUGUUGGACCCGUCAUUGUUGAGAACUGGCCCACCCCUAUUAAACCUACUCCCGUAUACAGCUCUCCUUUGGUUCAGGUCAUCGUAAAUGUCAAUGGUGCCACUCAAUCAGUUGUAGAGCACCCUGAAAUUAAGCCUACCCCAGUGAUCGUUGUUGAUCAGCCUGAGAUUGAGCCCACUCCAGUGAUCGUUGUUGACCACCCUGAGAUUGAGCCUACUCCAGUGAUCGUUGUUGAAGAGAAUGUGGUCCCCGAACCAGUCAUUGUCGCCCCCAUUGAAGUGCCUGAAAUUGAACCCACUCCAGUGAUCGUUGUUGAAGAGAAUGUGGUUCCCGAACCAGUUCUCGUCGCUCCUAUUGAACUGCCUGAAAUCGAGCCCACUCCAGUGAUUGUUGUUGAAGAGAACGUGGUUCCCGAACCAGUACUCGUAGCUCCCAUUGAAGUGCCUGAAAUCGAGCCCACUCCAGUGAUCGUUGUUGAAGAGAAUGUGGUUCCCGAACCAGUCCUUGUUGCACCCAUUGAGGUUCAUCCCGUUAUCACCCUCCCCGACGAGCUUAACUAAACAUAAAACAACAACAAUACAAGGAACAUGCUCGUAUGAUCGACUAUGAAUAUCAAUUACUUCAAGGAUGGAGCAGAAGAUCAACGAGAACUUACUACAAAGAAUAAAAUUUAAAACAACUCAAAUAUAUUUUUUAUUAAAACAUAUCUUGUGUUUUCAUUACCCAAUUAAGCUAACCCAACUCAACUCUUCUCGAAAACUAUUUAUAAACAUGGAUUAAGUGAACUUUAAGCCGUAGUGAUUAGUCCACUCUAUAGAGUAGA